AUGAUACGGUUUAAUUAUAUUUUGCUGUUCCUCUGCAUUCAAUACGCAGCGAGCGCUGAUCAGGCCAAGCGAUCAGUUGGAGGCAUACCCAUCCGCCAUUCCUAUUCCGAAUUCCAUAAUCGAGUGGCUAUACCUGUACCUCAACCUGUACCUAUUGGGAUACCUAGGGCAGUACCAUACCCGGUCCAUGUUGGGGUACCAGUGGACGCUCCUAGGCCCGUCCCUGUGGCUGUACCCCAGCCAGUAGCCCAAGUAAUAGCCCGACCUGUCGCGGUACCCGUGGACCGCCCAUUCCCGUACCCCUACGCGCAGCCAGUACCUGUGACUGUGACCCAAGGAGUUGGGAUCCCCGUACCUCAGCCGUACGCUGUUGGUGUGCCAGCUCCAGUACCAGUAAGGGUACCUCAACCCGUUGCCGUUCCAGUUUCAAUCGGCGGAGGUGGUUUAGGAGGAGGCGGAAUCGGUGGAAUUGGUGGAAUUGUUGGUAUUAGAGGGAUCGGAAUAGGCGGUAUCAGUGGUAUUGGUCACGGAUCUUACGGUAUUGGGCCUAUUGCAGGUCAUUCUGCAAUUAUCUCUCAACCUCUAUCGGGUAGUUACAGCAGCGCGAUUGCUGCCCAUGGGCAAUAUGCGCAUGGGCAUCAUUACUGA